CACAAGUACAACUGUUAGUGUGUCAUCCACAGGGUUCUGCUGAACAGCUUCCAUUUGUCUGAACCGUACUGGAGAUCAGCUGUUUUUACCUGAGAUUAACACCAACAGACAACAUGAAAAUAGCCUCCUUUAACAUCCAGAAGUUUGGAAAAGCCAAAGUAUCGAACCCAGAUGUCCUCAACAUCCUGACAAAGAUUGUGUGUCGUUAUGACAUCAUCCUGAUCCUGGAGGUGGUGGACAUCAGCGGGGAGUCGGUGAAAAUCCUGCUGGACACCCUCAACAGAGCCACACAAGAGCAUCACUACAGUCUGCAGAUCAGCACCCGACGAGGCAAAAGCAGCUACAAGGAGCAGUUCCUGUUCCUGUACAGGGAUGAUCUGGUGGACCUGAUCAGCUGUUAUCAGUUUGAGGACCAGAACACUUUAGAAGAAGAUGUGUUUUCCAGAGACCCGUACAUCCUGAGGUUCAGAUGCAACACUACAGUGUUGAAGGACCUGGUGUUGAUCCCAGUUCACACCAGACCCGAAGACUCUGUGUCGGAGUUGGACACGCUCUACGAUGUUUUCCAGAAUGUGAAGAAGAAGUGGAGGACUGACAAUGUGAUGAUUUUGGGCGACUUUAACGCUGAUGGUGGAUACGUCACCAAGACGGAGAUGAAGACGCUUCGUAUCCGUAGCGACAAGGACUUCCACUGGCUGAUCUCAGAUAGUGUCGACACCACGACAAGCACCAAAAAUGACAACACAUAUGACAGGAUCGUGGUGUAUGGAGAUGACAUGCUGCAGGCUGUAGUUCCACACUCUGCUAAACCCUUCAACUUCCAGGAAGAAUACGCACUCACUUCAGACCAGGCGCUGAAGGUGAGCGACCAUUAUCCAGUGGAGGUGGAGCUGAAGUCCAAACCUCAGACUGGAGACAAAGGUGUGGACCUUCAGUGCGAUGCUGUGGAUGCAGAUCUGCAGGAGCUGAAGAAAGGAAACCUGCUACUGGAGAGGGAGAAGCUCCACCUGGAGAUUCAGCUGCUCCAGAUGCAGAUGGCCCAGCUCAAGCCCAAAGACCAGGCCUAAACCCCUGGAAGAGCCAAAGACCAGGCCUAAACCCCUGGAAGAGCCAAAGACCAGGCCUAAACCCCUGGAAGAGCCAAAGACCAGGCCUAAACCCCUGGAAGAGCCAAAGACCAGGCCUAAAGCUCAGGAAGAGCAUCAAAAGCUCACAGAUACCCGUUUAUCUCCACAGUACCUCAGGCUUCAUUCAGCCGUUCGUUUUUUAAAGACAAGCAUUUGCAUCAGUUUUCUGAGCUGUUUUACCGUGUUUCCACUACGUGGAACCAGCUCGACUCCACUCUGGUACCAGGUCCUAUUCCAGACCCUUUCCAUUACAGAUACUACCCACUUUCCAGUACCUGGUCGUCAUAGUGAUGCGGUGCGUUACU